AACAAAAAAGUCAAAACAUUUACAAUAUUUUAAAUCAAAUAGAGCUAUUUGUUAAUUUUUGAAUAAUAUAAAAUAAUGGCGAGAUUUUGUUUAAAAGACAGUGAUAAGUACUAUUUGUGCCUUUCGGAUCAGCCUAAAAGGUUUGACGCUGAUAGCCCUGUGACCAACGUAUUUUUUGACGACACAAAUGGAGAAGUUUUUACUGUUAGAUCUGGGGGUGUGACAGGAGUCACUGUAAAUGGAAUGGAUGAUUCAAAAAGCACUUCCUUCCGAAUGGAGGAUAAAGGACCAAUAAUUUCAAUAAAAUUUUCACCUGAUCACAACAUACUUGCAAUACAAAGGAAUCUAGAGGGUCAGAAUGCAACUGUAGAAUUUGUUAACUUCAAAGACCUUGCUCCAACUAACGUAGAGUAUUCGCACACAUGCAAAUGGAAAAAUGCAAAGAUACUAGGUUUUGUGUGGCCGAAGGCUAAUGAAAUAGCCUUCAUAACUGACCAUGGUGUAGAAUUAUUACAAGUUUUACCAGAAAAGAAACAGUUGAAGACUUUAAAAAACAUUUCAUUCAGCGGUGCCUGGUUCUCGUGGUGCGCUCAAAGCAAUAUCAUCCUGCUGGCUGGCAACAAUGGUGCUUUAUUACAACCAUUCUCAUUAAGUAAUUCCACCAUUAGCAAACUGCAAAAAUUAGAAGUGGAGUGGUCACGGCCGGUGGUGGAGCGUGACGUGUUCGUGUUGCGGCUGUGCGGCGGAGCGUGGUGUGCGCUUUUCCGACAUGCUGACAGCACAACCCCUGCACCUGCCGCGGGACCGACAGAAGUUUGGCUGAUACCCAUAUCUGGGGGAGGUGCAACACAACAUGUCUUAAAGACUGGCUUAGUUGGCCGGUUCGCUGUUAGCGUUAUUGAUCAAUUACUUGUCAUACAUCAUCAGUCCAGUCAAACUUCACAAAUAUUCGACAUAAUGGAGGAAUCAAAGCCAGAAAAUAAUAUAGUUAUUCACAUUCCAAUAGUGCAAGGAAUCUCUAUGAAACCAGCUGUUGUGGACGAUCAGCCCUGUCCAAUGUAUUCAGGGAACUGGGUUGUAUUUCAACCGGAUUAUGUGAUAGACGCUCGUCUCGGUUGUCUAUGGAGAGUCAAUCUCGUACUUUCAGGCCUCGCACACUCGGUUCCCAAGGACGAGGUAUCCAAAAUAGUGGCAACGUUGUUGAAACGCCAAAACGGAAAAGAGACUAUUUAUAGGAUACUGAAUCAGCUCGUCAGUGAAGCCGGGACUUACCUAGUACAAUUGACGAAGGCUUUUGACGAAAUAAACUCCGUGUACAGGAAAUGGGCCGAGCUGGAGGUGGCGCGGAACACGGCGGGGCAGGCGGCGCCCGCGCGCGCGCUUCACUUCCCCGUGCUCGUGUCGCAGGCCGACGUGUGCGCGCACGUGCUGCAGGCGCACGCGGACGACGGCCACCUGGUGCAGGUAGUGACAACGUACCUAGCGUCUCUCUCCCGUCACGACAUGGUAGUUCAGCACCCGGUAGCAGAGCUGUGCGUGCGGACGCUGGUGACGCGGGGAGCUGGAGGCAGGCUUCGCUCGCUCGUGCGGAGGGGUUGUCUGGGCGACGCCAGACCACUGGCAUGCCAGCUGUUGAGCUUAGGGCACAUAGACCCUGCAGCGGCACAGAUAGCCUUAGAUAUGAUGUGGCGAUUGAAAGCUUACGGGGAAAUAGUAGAAGUCUUACUGAGCUGGAAUGAACCAAUUAGUGCCGUCGGUGCAGCAAAACAAACUGGAGCGACAUGGCUGAACAUGCCUCCUCGUAAGCUUCUGUCAGCUGCUAAGCACUACGCAGAAGAGAAGAAUGAACCCACUGCCUUCAUGGCGGUGUAUCACGCGCUGGUGGCCAGGAACGAACGAUUGAGAGGAAACCCAAACUUUAUAAAGGGCGAACAAUGUGCUGUUUACGUUGAAUAUUACAGACAGCUGACGUCAGAAAUUUAACCUCGAAGUUCAAGAAAUAAGUUUCGGUUUCGAUAAAAAAUCACUCGAAUCAUUUCUAAAUUAUACACCAAUUACCUGGAGAUUACAUGAGACGGAAUUAAUGAGUGGUUUAAUAGUUGAAUUUGUAAU